GGGCUUCCCGCGCGGCCAUGGCGGCGCCCGCCUACCCCGCCUGGGUGACGCGCUGGGUGUCGGGGCAGUGGCGGAACAAGAAGCGGCCCCCGGCGCUCCGCCCGCCCCGGGCUCUGGCGCUGGCCGACAAGGUGGCGAACCGCCGGGAGGAGGCGACAGAGGCAACGUGCAUUACGGAGAUGUCAGUAAUGAUGGCCUGCUGGAAGCAGAAUGACUUCAACGACGCGCCUUGUGCCGAGGAGAUCAGGAUGUUCUAUGACUGCGUGGCAAAGGCAGAAAAAGAGCGGAAGAAUCAAAAUGAGGACACCAUGUCAUCCAGGGGAAAUUUGCCUUCAAGCAAAGUGAACAAGCUCCUGAAGAGAUUUCCUCAGAUCACACGUUAUGUAUAAUGUACUUUAUAAAAGGGACUGUUGCCAAGCAAUUAAAGUUGGGGUCUUGGUCAAAAAAAAGGAAAGUCAAUUUAAGUAAUGGUUUGAUGCAGGUGGUGUGUGAAUCUUGACCCUGCUUUUGAUUCCAGAGCAAAAACCAGCCAUCUUGAGUAUCAGCUGAUUUUGUUCAUGAGACUCAUGGGUCUUGCAGCGUGUUGUUCAGCUUGCCUACUCAGGUCCUCACUGUUAAAUAAAACCUUCUAGGCAUUCAUGUAAAUGCAUUUCCUAACAGUGCACGACUUCUUCACAUGCAAGCUUCUUGUCCAGCUCUGGAGCCGCUAUCAAUAAGUGUUUGAGCUCAACAAACACUGAGCCAAGUUAGAAUUGCUAGUAAUGAUGGUAGUAAUUGAUGGUAUGAUGGCUUGUACUCUUAUGUGGAUGUAUACACAAUCUGGUGCCUUUUGAAAUUUUUAAAAUUUCCACUACUGUAAAAAAAGGCUGUAAAAUGUAGAAAAAAUCUCCAGCAAAAUACCUUGUUAAUACACAAUACAUUGGUAAGUAUCAAAUAUAACUUUAGUAUGGAAGUUUGUGAUUUUGACCCUCUGAUUUGCAGGUGGGACAGGUAUGGUGCCACAUUAGUUUGAUUAUUUUGUCUGUACUGUAAUAAAGCAAGACUGGUGUUUGACUUGGGCAA